CAGUUGCAUACCCUCAUCUGGCCCAUCCAUCGCUGCUUCUUUCCGCGUCCAUUGCUCGAUCCAGAACCAGAAACCCUCCUCCAGUCCACCCCCCGGAAAUCGAAAUCCCUACCCUACCCGACCCCCAAGCGGAUCGGCGAUGGAGGCGAAGAUGAGCAAGUUCUUCGACUCCGUGGGCAACUUCUUCACCGGCGGCGACAACAUCCCCUGGUGCGACCGCGACAUCAUCGCCGGAUGUGAAAGAGAGGUUGCUGAGGCUGCAACCGAAGAACAGAAAAAUGAUAGCAUGAUGAGGCUAUCUUGGGCCCUUGUCCAUUCCAGGCAGACGGAUGAUGUGAACCGUGGAAUUGGCAUGAUUGAAGCUUCUCUCGAUAAAUCCACCAGCCCACUGCAGACUAGGGAAAAACUGUAUCUGUUGGCUGUUGGGCACUUCAGAAAUGGUAACUAUGUAAGAAGCCGCCAACUUGCGGACCGUUGUUUGGAGAUUCAACCUGAUUGGAGGCAGGCCUCAUCUCUGAAGAAGGCAAUAGAGGAUAAAAUUGCUAAAGAUGGUGUGAUUGGCAUAGGAAUCGCCACAACUGCAGUUGGACUUAUUGUUGGCGGCAUCGCAGCUGCUCUUGCAAGAAGGAAUUGAGAUGGCAUCUGCUUAGUGAUGAAUGAAGUAGGAGGCGUUUCGUUCUGUAUUGUCAGUUGUUCUAAUCUUAGUUCUGUAUUAUUUCUGUCGAAUCAUGUGCAUAAGAUGAGUUCACGAUAUCUAGCACUCUGUAUCUUUGGAUAAUCAAAUCGAGGUGGAAAUAAAUACUGUCUCAAACUAGGUGCUGAAUACACCAAA